AUGGGCGAUACUGAUAAGAUUAUCGAAAUUUAUCAAGUGCCAGAGAAGGUUGUUGGUCUCGUUAUCGGAAAAGGUGGAAGCGAGAUACGUCUCAUUCAACAAACAUCGGGAUGUCGCGUUCAAAUGGAUCCGGAUCAUCAGUCAAUGAAUGGAAUCCGUAACUGUACAAUCGAAGGACCACCCGAUCAAGUUGCAAUUGCGAAACAGAUGAUUACUCAGGUCAUCAGUAGAAAUCAAACUGGUGUACCACAGACAGUCGCCACUGGGGAAGUCACAGAAGAGAUGCUCAUUCCCGCUGAUAAAAUCGGUCUCGUUAUUGGAAAGGGAGGCGAUACGAUUCGUACUCUCCAAGACCAAUCUGGAUUGCGCUCAUUGAACGUUGUACAGGAUUCAUCCAGCGCGACCGGACAGCCCAAACCACUUCGAAUGGUUGGAACUCCUGCAGCAAUUGAAACUGCAAAAGCUUUGGUUCACAAUAUUAUGAACAGCUCUCCUGGAAAUCCACCAUUACUUCCACGAGGUGGUCAGUCAUCUGGAGGACAAUAUGGUGGUUAUGGAGGACAAGAAGCUAAAGGAGAGGUUAUUGUACCCAGAGUUUCAGCAGGAAUGAUUAUUGGGAAAGGAGGAGAAAUGAUCAAGAGGUUGGCGAUGGAGACAGGAACAAAGAUACAAUUCAAGCCUGAUGCUAACCCGAAUUCUGAAGACCGCGUAGCCGUUAUCAUGGGAACUCGUGAUCAAAUAUACCGAGCUACAGAAAGAAUCACGGAAAUAGUCAAUAGAGCAAUUAAAAAUGGACAAGCUGGAAGCGGAUCAAUUCUCGGAGGCAAUAAUAUACUAGGACAAUCGACCUUCUAUAUGCAUGUUCCAGCUACAAAAUGUGGAUUGGUUAUCGGAAAAGGCGGAGAGAAUAUCAAACAGAUUGAACGAGACAGUGGUGCCAGUUGUGGUUUAGCGGCUGCUUCAGAACAGAAAAACGAAGACGAAAAAGUUUUUGAAAUCAAAGGAACUCAGUAUCAAAUUCAUCAUGCUUCACAUCUUGUCAAGAUUAAAGUUGGAGAAAUCGCUCCGAACACUCCAGUUCCGCCACUCCCAGGAAGCGGUUAUCAACAACAUCCUCAAGGAAUGUAUGGUAGCGCAGCCCAAAGUGGAGGCUAUCCAACAGGUGUUCAAGGAGGAUUUAUUCAGCAACAACAACCACAAACACAACAAUAUGGUAUUCCACAGCAACAACAGUGGGCUCCUUCGAACGGAAACGGUGCUCAACAGCAUGUUUCAAAUGAUAUGUACCAUAACACUAUCCAACAAUCUCACGCGGUUCCUGCUACUGUGGUCAUUCCACAAGGUUCUACUGAUCCAACUCCUGCCGUCAAUCCUUCCACUGGUGCUCCUGAUUAUUCAGCUCAAUGGGCCGCUUAUUAUCGGUCAAUAGGUCUCGUUGAACAAGCUGCAAUGGUUGAGAAUCAAAUGCGACGCAAUCAAGCCACCGGAGGUCCUACUGGAGAUGUUCCCGGAGCUCAACAAGGCCACCAAGCAUACUAUUCACAGUAA